UCCCGCGGGCGGCAGCGGAGCGGCGGCACCGAAAAACUGCGGCACGCAAAUCAGGAGGGAGCAGCGAGCAUCACACCAGAGCCGCCCGGUUUCUGAUUGCUCCGCGGCAGCAGCGGGGAGAGGCGCACGCACUGAGAGAGAGAGACGGGCGAGCGGCGGAGACGGAGGGAGCGGCGGCGGGAGGAGGUUUCGGCGAUGCCGCCCUGCAAGUUUUUCCUGGUGCGUUCGGGAGCGUGAAGAAGGUGCGCCGGCGUUUACCACCCUCCUGCCCCCGGAGCCCGGCGGGGCCGGGGCGAGACAUUCUAACCGUGGGAAGCUGAAGCCCCUCGGCGCUGCCUCCGGCCGGGGAUGCGGGGCACCGUGAGGCGCGGCAGGGCGAGGAGGCUGCGCCCGCCGAAGAGGCUGCUGAUGCUGCCAGCGGCGCUCCUGAGGGGCUGAAGGUGCCACCGGGCAGAACCGGCGGAGGGAGCGGGGCGAGACCUCCUCCUCCUCGCCGCCACCGCCUCGAAGUUGCCGGAGCUCUCCCCGUCCCCAGGGCGGCUGCCGUGCCCCGGGACACCGCCGGUGGAUGCGCCCGCCCCGGCCCGGGCAGCCCCCGGCGGCACCGCGGGCAGCGAGGGCAGCUCAUCCCGCGUCCCCCCCGCGCCGGCCUGAAGGAGGACGGGCGGCCCCGGAGAGCCGAGGACGCGGGGGGCACCAGCCAUGGGGAGUUGUGAGGCGAAAGGAUUAUUGCUCUGGAGAAUCGGCGUUUUCCUGCCCCUGCUGACAGCGCACCCCACCGCCGCCGGGCACGUCGCCAGCAACCACGUUGUGCUGCUCGAUACCACAGCUGCCCUUGGAGAGCUGGGAUGGAAAACAUUCCCUCUGAACGGGUGGGAUGCCAUAACUGAAAUGGACGAGCACAACCGCCCCAUCCACACCUACCAGGUGUGCAACGUGAUGGAGCCCAACCAGAACAACUGGCUGCAGACCAGCUGGAUCUCCCGGGAGGCCGCGCAGAAGAUCUACGUGGAGAUGAAGUUCACCCUGCGGGACUGCAACAGCAUCCCCUGGGUGCUGGGCACCUGCAAGGAGACCUUCAACCUCUACUACAUGGAGGCGGACGAGCCCCACGGGGCGCGGUUCAAGCCGGGCCAGUACAGCAAGAUCGACACCAUUGGCCGGCGAGGCUUCAACGCAGUGGACCUGGGCGACCGCAUCCUCAAGCUCAACACCGAGGUGCGGGAGGUGGGGCCCAUCGGCAGGAAGGGCUUCUACCUGGCCUUCCAGGACAUGGGGGCCUGCAUCGCGCUGGUGUCGGUGCGCGUGUACUACAAGAAGUGCCCGCUGACGGUGCGGAACCUGGCCGUGUUCCCCGACACCGUGCCCAGGGUGGACUCGUCGUCGCUGGUGGAGGUGCGGGGCUCGUGCGUGCAGAGCGCCGAGGAGCGCGACACCCCCAAGCUCUACUGCGGGGCCGACGGCGACUGGCUCGUGCCGCUGGGCCGCUGCAUCUGCUCCGUGGGCUACGAGGAACUGGAGGGCUCCUGCCGCGCUUGCAGGCCUGGGUUCUAUAAAGCUUUUGCUGGGAAUGUGAAGUGUUCCAAGUGUCCUCCACACAGUUUGACUCACGUAGAAGCAACUUCUGUCUGCCAGUGUGAGAAAGGUUAUUUCAGAGCUGAGAAGGACCCACCAACCAUGGCAUGUACCAGGCCCCCCUCUGCUCCCAGGAACGUGGUUUUUAACAUCAAUGAGACAGCUCUGAUGCUGGAGUGGAGCCCCCCGAGCGACACCGGCGGGAGGAAGGACCUCACCUACAGCGUCCUCUGCAAGAAGUGCGGGUCAGACUCCAGCCAGUGCGAGGUCUGCGGGGGAGGCAUCCGCUUCGUCCCCCGGCACACGGGGCUCACCAACUCCUCGGUGACGGUGCUGGACUUCGUGGCCCACGUCAACUACACCUUCGAGAUCGCGGCCACCAACGGCGUCUCGGAGCUGAGCGUCUCCCCCCGGCAGUUCACGGCCAUCACCGUCACCACAGACCAAGAUGCACCCACCUUGAUAGGUAUGGUAAGGAAGGACUGGGCUUCCCAAAACAGCAUUGCCCUCUCCUGGCAAGAGCCGGACUUUCCCCAUGGAGCAAUUCUGGACUACGAGAUCAAGUACUAUGAGAAAGUCUACCCACGGAUAGCGCCGGCAUUUUGGCACUACCUGCGGGUAGAAGAGCAUGAGCAGCUCAGCUAUUCCUCCACACGGUCCAAGGCUCCGAGUGUUAUCAUCACAGGUCUCAAGCCAGCCACCAAGUACCUCUUCCACAUCAGAGUCAGGACGGCAGCGGGAUACAGCGCCUAUAGCCAGAAGUUUGAAUUUGAGACUGGAGACGAAACCUCUGACAUGGCUGCGGAGCAGGGACAGAUCCUGGUCAUCGCCACUGCUGCUGUCGGUGGAUUCACCCUCCUGGUCAUCCUCACUCUCUUCUUCCUCAUCACUGGCAGAUGCCAGUGGUACAUAAAGGCCAAAAUGAAGUCUGAGGAGAAAAGAAGGGCUCAUCUGCAAAAUGGACACUUGCGUUUCCCAGGACUCAAAACUUACAUUGAUCCAGACACCUAUGAAGACCCAUCUCUUGCUGUCCACGAGUUUGCAAAGGAGAUAGACCCUUCAAGAAUCCGUAUUGAAAGAGUCAUUGGGGCAGGGGAGUUUGGAGAAGUGUGCAGUGGACGUCUGAAGACACCAGGAAAAAGAGAGAUCCCCGUUGCAAUCAAAACUCUCAAAGGUGGCUACGUGGACAGGCAGAGGAGAGAUUUCCUGAGGGAGGCCAGCAUCAUGGGCCAAUUUGAUCACCCAAAUAUAAUCCGCCUGGAAGGAGUUGUCACAAAAAGAUCCUUUCCGACCAUUGGGGUGAAGUCUCUUUCGAGAUUCCUGAGGGCGGGAUUUUUAAAUAGCAUCCUGGCCUCACAUCCAGUGGCAGGGGGUGGAUCUUUGCCCCCCAGCAUUUCCUCUGGCAGGCCAGUAAUGAUUGUAGUUGAGUACAUGGAGAAUGGAUCCCUUGACUCCUUCCUGCGGAAGCACGACGGCCACUUCACAGUCAUCCAGCUGGUGGGAAUGCUGAGGGGCAUUGCCUCUGGCAUGAAGUACCUGUCGGACAUGGGCUAUGUGCACCGGGACCUGGCAGCACGGAACAUCCUGGUCAACAGCAACCUCAUGUGCAAGGUCUCCGAUUUCGGUCUGUCUCGAGUGCUGGAGGACGAUCCUGAAGCUGCUUACACGACAACUGGUGGCAAGAUCCCCAUCAAGUGGACAGCUCCCGAGGCCAUAGCUUACCGCAAGUUCUCUUCGGCCAGCGACGCGUGGAGCUACGGCAUCGUCAUGUGGGAGGUGAUGUCCUACGGGGAGAGGCCCUACUGGGAGAUGUCCAACCAGGAUGUUAUCCUGUCUAUUGAAGAAGGCUACAGGCUCCCAGCUCCCAUGGGCUGCCCAGCUUCCCUUCACCAGCUAAUGCUGCACUGCUGGCAAAAGGAGAGGAGCCACCGGCCCAAAUUCAGCGACAUCGUCAGCUUCCUGGACAAACUGAUCCGCAACCCAAGCACCCUUCACACCCUCGUGGAGGAUGUACUCGUAAUGCCAGAUUCACCUGGUGAAGUUCCAGAAUAUCCUUUGUUUGUGUCAGUCAGUGACUGGCUGGACUCCAUAAAAAUGGGUCAGUAUAAAAAUAACUUCAUGGCAGCAGGUUUCACAACUUUGGAUAUGGUCUCAAGAAUGAAUAUUGAUGACAUUAGAAGAAUUGGAGUUGCACUCAUUGGGCACCAGAGACGAAUAUUCAGCAGUUUACAGACUUUGCGGUUGCACAUGAUGCACAUACAGGAGAAAGGAUUCCAUGUAUGAAAGUACUAGAACCAACUGUGUUUUGUGCCUCAGCAUUUCUAAAAUGGAAAAAUAUUCUCAUUCUUUCCUUCUGCUCUUCCCAACUCCGAGGACUGCAGCCUCCUGUUCAGACCGUACAAGUACUUCGAUGGUAAUGCUUCCAAACCGGAGUUUUUAAUCACACUGCACAGCUCCUCCAGCAGUUAUCAGCCAAGAAAACCCUGGCCUACUGCAGGACUCUUGCCACACAUUGAUGAGUAACUCAGCAUGGAUGUGUAACUUUGUAUAACAGUAUUUGGAAAACUUUCAUGAACUUACUUGAAAGUAAUAAUCUAUUUGGCCUGGUGUGGCUUCUUUAUCGAUGUAUUUAGAGUUUGCUGGUAGAUCAAAAAAGUAUUUGACUUCUUUCAUGUUCUGUGACCAUGUAACUUCCAAUACCAAAUGUGCAAUCAAAAAGAAGUUUAACAUAAAUAUUUAUUUUAUCUCUUAAUUAAAUCCAAAUGUAUGGGUCCUAUCAUUAUAUUACUUUAUAGUAGUUUGAAAGCUGGUAAGAUGGUGCCUCAAAAUAUUACUGUUGUUUGCAGAAAUGACUGAUGAUUUUAUGUAGGGAGUUUUCAUUGUGUGAAUAAUUGGAAGGAUGAUGAGAGUAAUCUGUUUGGAAUCUUAAGGAAGGUUCUUGAUUUUUAAUUACUUCAGCACUCGACACUUUUUAUGCUUUAAAUUUUAGAUUAGGAUGGAAACUUUGUUCAUCCCUGGGAUUCCUCACUAUCCUUCGUUGUUUGUUUGGUUUUUUUUAAUGUAAUACUCAGCAUUUGCUCCCUCUACAUGGCAAAUAUUCACUGGAAAACUGAUUGUGACGUUUCCAUGAGCACACGUAAAGCACAGUUGUCAGUUGUAUUGUGGCCACAUCGACUUCAGAAAGCUUUCUGUUCCAGAAAGGCAGGUCUCUGCUGCUCGGGCUUGGCACGACUGCCACCAGCAGCAGCAGCAGACCUUAGAGGGCCAGCCAUCAGUGGGGUGAUGGGGUUAUUCGGUGCUCUUGUUCCUGGGCAGGGAAGGAGAUGUAGGACAGCAGUGUGGUAACGUUGCCUUGACCCUGCUUCUGGCUGCUUUUAGAAGUGAAAAAGCAGAUUGUGCUGACAUGGAGCUCCGGUCACUCCAGGCUGGAUCUUCAUUUAGUACAGAUAUCUAAAGGACAUCCAUGAUAAUUACCUUUAGAACCCUUCAAUAGCCAUAUUUACAUGCAAGAAAACGUCUGCAAAGGCCUAACAUAAUAUUUGUACCUCUUAAGACUUACAGCUUUCAUGUUUUAUUCAGACAACUCCACGGACGUGCUGGGCUACACUUCCAAAUUUCUGCAUGGGAUGUGCACUACUGGGAACGGGGAACACCGCAUGUGUGUGUGCCGAGAAACCACACCCAGCUCCUCAAUGCAUGUCACAUGUAACCUGGCUGCAGAUGCUUUUUGUUGAUUUAUACGUGCUUUGGAGGAUAUUUUUGAGUUCUGUGGCAUUCCAGUAUACUCGAGCCUUACAACUCCUCUGUUGAAACGUGCAUCUUGGGUAAUUAAUAUAAUAUGUGUGUAUAUCAAAAUGAGCUAACUACUUUAUGUAAUCAUAACGAUAUUUACUGCUUCAUUUGCAGCUUGUAAAUGUACUUCCUAACUCUUGGAAAAGGCUGCCAUUGUGUAUCAGUGGCAAAGAACAAAAAUCAGAAAGUAACUCAGAAAAGAGAAUGCUUCCAACCAGAUCACAGAGUAAGACACGCUAGGCCUGAUUCACUGCUGUCAUUUAUGUUGGAAUAACUGCAUAAUUUACAAGAGAUAGUGAUAGUGCACUAAGUAAACUUUCCUUUCUUUCAUUAAAAAAAGAGGCAGAUUUAACUGAGGAACAAGUUUCAUAAAGAUCAAGAUUCACCAGGAUUUUCUACAUUGCCAUUUGGAUGAGCUUGUUUAAAGCAGAGCAGCUCCAGUCCUGUUCUAGCUACAAAGGUAAUUUUGCCAGCAUGGGCAGUCCCCCCGAACUCAGGAGGACUGCACAAGCACGGGUGUUUUGCAGGAACACAGAUCUUUAGUGGGAGAAAAAAAAGCAUCUGUUCUUUUCUGUGACUGUCACUUGAAAAAUUCCACCCCAGUUCCACAUCUGAAUAAUUUUUUGGUAAAGGUCCUUUCUCUUAUGGAAAGAAAAUCAUACUUAUGUGAAGCCCAGGGUAAUCUGAAAGCUGAUUUUCCUUUAUCAUUUAAUUAUCUGUUUUGCUUGUCAUUGCUUCCAUGGGCCAGCAAUGGGACACAUGGGGAAGAAGCCUCUCCCACAGUUAAAUACCUUACUGAGGAGGCACGGGGCUGCUCUUUGUUAAUGGGGUGUCAGAACCAUCCACAACUGAUCCAAACCAUGUCUGUGCACUUUUAGAUUGUCUUUUGUGAGGGUUUUCAUUCCUGGUAGGGAGGAUUGGCAGAAUGACAUUGUUACAUGCACACAACCUGGAUAUAUUUCAUGAAAAUAUAUUUCUAAAUUUAUCACACUACUGAAAAUAUAUUUUCAAUAGAAAAAAUAUAACAAUAUUAAAACAUUUAAUAAUCAGAUAUAUUUUUUAUAUAAACCAGAGUUUGGGUAACCAGAAAGGAAAGAACAAGAGAUUCUUUGAGUGAGGACAUUUAUUAAUAACAUUGUAAAUCCAGGAUUUUGUGGAUUUAUACAGUUUGCUUUUCUGUUGUUUUUGUGGUGCAGUAUGACACUUUUAUAAUAGUUAUCUUGAUCAAAUUUACAUUUUCCUCAUUUUGGAAACAUUUUAUUUGCUCUUGUGCUGAUUGCAAGUUUACUCUUGCUUUGGGCUUUCGUUCCUAUUUUCUAAUUUAAACAAAAAAACUAACAGGUGUUAUUUUUCAAAUGUGAGCUUAAUUCUGUGCGGGCCACAAAUGUAUAUGUGAAAUUAGAGUAACUUUCUUUGUUACAGUGGAUAUUUUCUUCAGGUGAAAAUUAGCUCUAAUUAUCCUGCAUAUUGCAGUAUGCAGCUGGAGUUUAAAUAUGACAAAUUGAAGCAAAUUUAAUAGGCUGUUUCUGAGAAUCUGGCCCACAUUACUGAGUGCUUCAUGACUCAAAGUAGUCAUUGAAAGUUCGCAAAAUAAAGUGUGUGUGAUAUGUAAGCAACCAAAAAAAAAAGGGCAUUAAAAUGUGGGCAUAGUAAAGACAUAGUUCUAAGUUAUUUAUAAGUAAUAUUCAUGUGUCGAUUUUUCUCACAGCUCUGAUUUAACUGAUCCAGAAUAGAAUCAUCUCUUGGCACUCUAAGCACGCAGUGAUACUUGUGUGUCACUUGAGCUCCAAGACAGCUCAAGUGAGGGCCUUGGCUGCUGAGCAGCACCAGGGCAGUGCUCUUGGCUGGUAAGUGCAUCCCACCCCUUUCCAUGGUGUGCCAAUCCCAGUGCUUCCAAAGCUGGCUGACCAGCAGCUUGGACAUCCACCUGCAGCCACGUGGGGUGCUCCUCUGAGCUGGGAACCGUGUCAGCCAUCCUUCCUACCCCCUCUUGUCAGUCAGAGCCCCGAGAGCCGCUGGAAGGAACUCUUCUGACCUCGUUUUGGAGGUCCACAUUUGAGCUGGUCACCUUUUAGUCAGUGAAGUGGGCUCCUGUAAGAUGUGAGUCAUCUGAAAAUUGUAUCUAUUAUUUAUCUAUCUAGAAAUAGAAUGAUUUACUUCUGGGUUAGACGAAUUGUGCUAAAGAAGCACCUGUUUCUGUGCAUUCAGUGAUAGCUCAUAUCCAGGCACCUCUGCUCAGGCAGAUGAAUCUCAUGCCUUAAUUGUAUGCAGUCCUUAUGCUGAACCUGUGAAAAAGAGAGGAUCUUGUUCAUAAUGCUCAUGUUAACAUUGAACAAAUCCCAGCAGAAGGUUUAGUAGGCUUUACUCAUGAGGUGUUUCCACACUGAAAUUACUGAGAAGACAUGCGGUGAAAGAAAGAGAAUUGGGUGAUGUAACUUAAAUUUUUUUUAAACAAAAGUUUUCUAGGAACAGAAAUCCAGUGCCUAUCCAAUAAAAGCUUAGACACAUGCUGUGCUUUAGGACAUCAGCCAGGAAUUUUCAGCAUAAGGCAAUCCUUUAAUUGCAAUCAGUGCACUCAACAAUAAAUUCAAAUAAAUUAGUUGCUCUGGACAAACAUUCUUCUCCAAAAUUGUGUCAGGUGUUAGCUGGAUUAUUCAGAACUCAUAGACUGCAGUACUUGGAUUUUUACAUCAUUUAAGACUGACUAUCUGUUUGCCAUUUUGUUACAUAAUGAGCCUAACACUGGGCUUCAACAAUUUCUUUUUCAGUUCAGAUUCCUACAGGAUGUAAAUGUGGGUGCUAAGUAACACAAAGACACCCUUUUUGCAGGUGCAGUUGAGAUUUACAGUGUGGGGUAGCUGGGACUCUGAAGGGACCCAGUGAGACUCAAUUAACCUGAGCAGUGUCCAUGUCAGAAUGAGCCCUGGGACUGGCUCAGCACAGAUUCACUGUGGCUCCAGCCCAGCACAUCUUUAGUCAGGGUCUUGUAAAAAGCCUGUCUUCCAUUGCAUCUCCCAGGGAAAGGAUGCAAACAGAGCCGUGGCAUUGGCACGUGGGUGAAGAGCACUGUGUUCUGCUAAAGAGUUUGCUUCCAGAGUACCCUUGUCUGCCAGUUGUAACUGAUCUUUCUUGAAUAAGUGGCAAAGAUAAGGGCUUUUUUCUUUUUUAUAAUAGUACUCUUUUUUUUUUUUAGAAUGAGGGAAAGACAUGUUGGGCUGGGCUAACUCUUAGCAGGACAAGGGUCUUGAAAUCUCCUGGGGAGACAAAUGAAUCAGAACUGAAAAGGUAAAAAAACCCCUAAAGGCCACAAUAAAGUAAAAAGGGGAAGAACUAUCCAUAUUGUGCCAAGGAGCUCUAACAAAAAACCAAAAGAGUUGUGUAAGAGUGCUGCAGGUACUUACAGUUCACACAUAUCCUCUACCAUCAAAUGCUGUGUUAAGCAGUGCACGGUGCUCAUCCUUGAGUGAGAUGGUUCUAUAUAGUUCCUCAGAUUAUGAACCUGGAGAAGGUGAACACCUUAUGUUUAUAAAACAUUUGUCUAUAUGUACAUAAAGAAUUGCAAAUAUAAAGUAUAUCAUCAUUUUCAAACCUACAAAUUAAUUACCUAUUACCAAUAAUGGGGUUGAUCUGCUCCACUGGCUUUUAAAAUUUCUGAUGGCAUCCACUGUAUGUGUGGUGUUGUUCCCAAACUUCCUUGGCUUGUUGUCUGGAAAGGGACAGCCUCUCAUCUCCUCCCCUGGCAGAAAAGAACAUUUUCAAAGUGGCUUACAGAAAGCUGAUUACCCUUCUGCUGCCACCUCACCCAACCCCUUCCUACUGCUUCUCUUCCAGAGAACAACUAAUUACUGUAGAAAUCAGUGAUCACACAGAGGAGGCAUUAUUAUUAGAAUAAUUAUUAUUAUAGAAAGAUGUAGUCUAUGCUAUAAAAAGUUUGAGUUCCUCUGCUAAAGUCACCAAAGAUAUUUAAGCAGUACAUAAAUUAUUUUCUUUUAAGUAGCCAUUUACGGACAAUUUGGAGGUUAAAAUAAGGGAAAUUGUAAAGGGAGCAUGAGGAAGGAUAUGCCAGCAUAAAGCAGAAAAAAAUGUACUGCAUUUUAGAAAGGAAAACUAAGAAAUAUGAUGAAAAACAUGAGGUUGAAAAAUGGAUGAGUUAAAAUAUAUUUCCAUAUUUUAUUUGUGAAAUAAUGUAAUGUCAGUUCAGUAAAAUCUAUUUGUGUGCAUGUUCCUUUAGAUAUCCUACAUGAGUAGCUCUUACCUUUAUUUACUAAAAGAGAUUUCCCAAGUACCUCUCUCUUCUACAAAGGUUUAGCAUAUUAUCUGACUUUUCAUACCUGUAUAGUUAAACUGGAAUAAAAAAUGCAAGUUCUGACACUGAAGUCAUGGGGGAAAAAAAUAUUAAAAAAGAUCAGUCUCAAAGUAAUUUGAAGUUUUCACGUGUCCUGCUCUAUUCCUGUCCAAAAUUUUGACCUCUAUCAAACUACCUGAGCAUUUGGCUAGUAGUUAACUGCACAUACGUAUCAGUAAUAAUCUGUGUGCUGUGCCAUGCUCAGAAACUCCUGAAUCUGGAAACCCUUCUGUGUUUCUGCAGCUCUUGUCAUAUAAGGAGGCUGAUUUGAAAUGGGACCAUAUACACGAGCAGAGCUAGGCAUAAAGGACUUGCAAAUCCAAACUCCUAUAAAAUAUGUUUAAAGCAGCAUGAGAUAGCACAUUUUGUCAUUCUUUUAAACUUCAGAACCAUGUAUGGUUUCCUUGAGGAGCUCAGUAUAUUCACUGACCCCAUCACAAAACCUCCUGCACAUAUUCUUGAUACAUGAGUAGAUGAACUGUUAAAAUUUGAGAAUAAACCAUAAUAUUACACUAAAACCUCUUCAUUACCAGAAAUUCAAUUCAAAGAACUGUGAAGCAGCAGCAGCAGCAUGUAUGUUGAGCAUGGUAGGUAAGCCAAAACCCUGGCACUGAAAAAUCAUAAAUCAAAGAGAAGUCUAGCUCUCUGUGUUCUGGGGCCUUGACUGUAUAGAGCUGACCUUGUAUCUAGAAUCUGAAAAAUAAGGUUUUGGAAAAAUCUGCUUUAGAAUCUAAAUAUCCAUAUCUGGUUGUGGAUGAUGAAAACGUGCCCAUUGAAGCAGUCUGGGGAGUAUUUUCACUAUAUCAUCACCAUGUAAUGCUCUGAGUGAUAGGGAAAAAAAAUCGACUUGCUGAUUUUCCAGGAUCCAGCCUAUGACAAAAAAACCCAGGUACAGUUGUCAUUAUUUAGAUUAGAACCUCCAGCAGAACAGUUCUGUAACCCAGUGAAUACUUGUCCUUAUUAUUGCAUUCUGACUCUUUUGAGAGGAACCUAAAUAAACAGUAAACAAUAGAACUAUCCAGUUCAGAGUGGCUUACAAACUGAGUUUUCAGUUCUCUCUCAUUCAGCCCGAGAUUGACUUGAAAAUUAUUAAGAGGCAAAAAAGAAAAGCAUAAUAGGAUGCUUUUUUCUUUAGGAAGUUGAAUGCUCUGAGCUGUAAAACUUAGCAUCACAGUCUCUAUAUGUACAAUAGAUUAGCUGAAAAAGACAAAGGGCAGCCAGUGUUCCAAAUCUGUAGGUUGUUUCAGUUCCUAAAUGUCAAAUUCACAAGUUCCAAGGCUACUACCUCAGGGAUGUGAUCAAAUAGGCCCUGGUUACCUUCAACAUGGCAAAGAUAAACUGCGAGCUGCAAAAGGUGGUUGCUGCACGGUUGUUUUAUCUGGAAUGGUCAACUCUGACUUUGGAAUAGGUAAUUUAAAUUAUCUCCACAUCUAAUGGAGUAGCUAACAGAAAUGGUUUGGGUUUGUGGGGUUUUUCCCCCAGAUAAUUCCCCUGACUUUUGGAUUUAAAUUCAGGAUAAAACUACCACCCCCAUCAAACAAACAGAACUUACAAACUAAACAGGAUUUGUCUAUCUUUCUUCUUUCCUAAUCAUGAACCAUUAUGCAGUAUGAUCUCCCUCUCACAGUGGAAGUCCAGGCUGAUCAUUUGCCUCUUUGAACAAGCUGCUUCAUACUCCUAGUGCAUUGCAGUCUAAGCUUUGACAUUUUCCAGUUAAUGAAAGGCACAGUAGCAAAUAAAAUAACCAAUGCCCUCUUAGUGGUUCUGUUUACUGGGUUCUUUCAUUAAUUCUGUAUCUCAAGAAAACCAUCCUACUCCAAGAUUCCUAACAAGUAAACCUUUUAAAGCUUUUGGCCAUGAUUUCCUAUCUGCCUGUCCCCAGGAAACACUUCAUUUGAAUUGGCAGUGUAGCAUUUUUAUCAGCAUUUCUUCUGCAGCAAUUUCUUCUCCCAACUUCUCUAAGUAAGGUAGAGAGGUUUAUUCCGCACUAAAAGUGGGAAAAGGUGUUUCUUUGUUAACUCUGGUGAAGGAACUGGAUUCAGAGUAUGUUGCUCUCACCUAGAGCCUUCCAUCUGGCUUCUGUUAAGGCCGAUGUCAAAAUUCUCUGCUGGUAUCAGUUCCAUCAGCACAGCAGUGUGUGACUGAAAACCCGGAGACUCACAAAAAGGGCUUGUUCUUUGGUGCAGUACAACUCCUACUGACUUCAGUAACUUCUCUGCACUUCUCAGGAUUGCACCUGUAGUUUAGCAAGGAAAAAAAACAAAGGAUCAUGUGAAACCCUAUUUACUUAAAGGCAAUAGUUUAUCUUGUAGAAAAGCAGCAUUCAUUGAUCUAGUUAGAAUUAACUGUUUUCAUUUUGUCAUCACUUUUUUUAGAAAAAACAAACUACUUUGACUUACAGAAAAAAAAAUACAAGAAAAAUAUUUUACUACCUUCCAAAACUGAGCUUUGAUUUACUCUUGGAAGAUAAUGUGGUUGGUAUGUUUUCUCAGGAUAGCCUCUAUUUAUUUCUGUGUGUUGGUUUUAAAGGUAUCUGAAUUAAAAGGGGUUUAAUCUCUGUCUCUUUUGUGAAAUUAGAUUGUACACAACUAAAUAUGACUGCUCUUCACAGUUUGCUGUUCUAGCAUAGCCAUAAAAUGUAUCAAUGUAUGUGUAUAUAUGAAUAAAUAUUUGCUGACAGACACUUUAGAUUAUAUAUUUAAGCAGCCAUGUCAAAACUUUAAAGGUAGAUGGCUUCAAAAGCAAUGGUAUAAUCACAAUACCUGCAAACUAUUUUAUGAACAAGCUGUGGCCUCAGCACUGAUCUCAUGUCCUUACCAACAGUCUGAAUCCCACCUUUUCCUGAAAGCCCCCUGCCCGGGUCUGUUUUGCCACUGCUUCUUUUGCUCUUCCCGAGGCGUGUUUGAAUGGUGACAGCUCCCUGUGGCUCAGUCUUCCCACCCAUCCCACGGCAGAGCAGCCCUGGCCCUGCAGCACCUCUGGGCUGCAUCUCCCUCAGUUCUCAACUCCUGUAGCCUUGCACACCACAGACAGGACCUGCUCCUUCUGGGGGACUGAACAUUUCACAGCCCGUGUCGAUGGUUUCCCCCUGGGACUGCCCCACUCCUCACAAUUCCUUUCCUCCACGUAUGUAUCUCCCAUACAUGUUCCCACUGCAUUUUCUUUCCACCUUUUUGUGUGGUUAUAACAGCACCGUAGGAAUAUCCAUGAAAUGAAAAGCUUACUGUACUGAUUUGCAGUCCCAAGGGGAAUUUACAUUAGACGUGAAGUUGUUAUUAUUUACUGAAAAGUUGGUGUUAUCUUCUUUUUUUUUUUUUCAUAUUAUUCUAUUCCUACAAUAAUAUGAUGUUCCAUGUAAAUUUUCAUGUGCUGGCAUGCCUACAAGUUAAUAGUGUACUCGAAUGCUCAGCUCUCAACAUUAGAGUGUUUUUAAGGUGAAUUGCAUUACAUAUGCCAUCUCUUUGCAGCAAGAAUAUGGGGUUUGGCAAAACUACCUGCUGAGCAACAUAAUGAGAUUUUUGUACAAAGUACAAGUUAUUGAUUAUUAUUGUAUUUUAUUUUUCUAUGAUUUCCUAAGAGGCAUUAUCAGGUCUUACAGAUGGGGUAAGCCUGUUUAUUAAGAUAUUUAUUAGCAAAUAAAAGUUACAGUACUGGUGGUUA